AAAUUGAACUUUGGUCACACUGCUCAAAUCGGAACUUGUGCUUUUUCACGACACGAAUUUGCAAAUAAAUUAUUGUUUUCUCUUUUGCAAUACCAGAUCCAAACUCUAAAUCAGGAUGUCUGAAUCUGAUUGGGACACAGUAACUAUUCUUAGGAAAAGGCCACCAAAGGCAUCUGCGCUGAAGACUGAACAGGCUGUGAACGCCGCACGUCGCCAAGGACUCCCAGUUGACACUCAGCAGAAAUAUGGUGCAGGAACCAAUAAACAACACGUUACCACAAAAAACACGGCAAAACUUGAUAGGGAAACUGAAGAACUCAAACAUGACAAAGUGCCACUCGAUUUGGGAAAACUUAUUAUGCAAGGGCGACAGGCUAAAGGAAUGAGUCAGAAAGACUUGGCUACUAAGAUAUGUGAGAAACCGCAAAUCGUCAACGACUACGAGGCAGGUCGAGGUAUUCCCAACAAUGUGGUCCUUGGGAAAAUAGAGAGGGCAAUUGGACUGAAACUCCGAGGCAAGGAGCGCGGCCAACCUCUACAGCCUCCCGGAGCUAAGAAAUAAUGGAUUCCCUGGGAGGCGAAGACUCAUAUCCAAUUUGUUUUACUGCAUAAUAGGUUUUUAUUAUUUGUCCGUUCAUUGUUUUGCACAUUUUCAAUGAUAAUAUUUAGUAAAACAAAAAUGUAAACAAGCAUUUAUAUUCAGUCUGGAAUGUUCUGUGAUGUGCUGACCUUCUACAAAACUUAUCACCACAUGUUUAGUAUGUGUAUACUUUGAGAAUAAACAUAGUUAAAAUGUG